AUGCGGCGACAUUGGAGGAGAAAACUUGUUGGUAACUUUGUACAGAAGAAUCCUUUCCCGUGCGCCGAGGACGAGGACUGCGGCCCGGAGGAGUUUUGCGGGGGGGCGGCCCGCGGGGGGGGUGCCCCGCUCUGCCUCGCCUGCCGGAGACGCCGCAAGCGCUGCCUGCGCGACGCCAUGUGCUGCCCCGGCACGACCUGCAGCAACGGGCUCUGCACCCCCCCGGAGCCUGUCCACGGAGCCACCGAGAUGGACGAGGUGGGCGCCGAAGCUCUGCCCCGACGGACGCCCGCUCCCGCCUGGCUCCCCACUGCCAAAGGUGAGGAGGGGGACUUCUGCCUGCGCUCGUCGGACUGCGCAGCCGGGCUGUGCUGCGCCCGUCACUUCUGGUCCAAAAUCUGCAAGCCGGUGCUGCGGGAAGGGCAGGUGUGUACCCGGCACCGGCGGAAAGGCACCCACGGCCUGGAGAUCUUCCAGCGGUGCCAGUGCGCCGAGGGGCUGGCGUGCCGCCUCCAGCGAGAGCACGGCCCCGCCGAUGCCUCCCGCCUGCACACCUGCCAGCGGCACUGA